AUGGGUCUUAAAACCUUCUGGAAGGACAACAAAGUUCUGAUUGUUGUGGGAACUAGCCUGGGGCUAGUGCACUGGGGCUGGUAUUACUUGAAGUCCAGUCCUAUUUUCCAAGUGAAGACAGAGAAUAUUGUUCCAGAUCCUGGGAUUCUGCCAUUCAUGAUGCAGAGCGAUCGCAAAAAUAAAGAAAAAUAGCAUUAGUACUUUGAUUUUGGGGUAUAACUAAGUUUGAAGGUUUUCGUCUGUGACUGUUGCCAGAAAAGAUGAAGAAAACUACCUGGAAUAGAAAGAACUUCCUGCUUGUAGUAGGACUGUCAGUUAUAGGUGUCCAUUUAGGAAGCCUGCUUGUGAACUUUGUUGCAAAAAAGUCUGCUCAAUCACAUUCAGAAGCUAAGAGGGACCGUGGGGAAUGAAAUAACUUCCUGCCGUCACUAUUUAUCAGUUUUGCAACAUGAUAUAACCCUGGUUUUAAGAGAGCUGUGAUGAAUCGUUUCAGGAAUGUUAUAUAUACUGUUUCACACUGAAAAUAAUAAUCCUUACCUGCGAAGAAUUAGAAUGUACUACUCUUAAAAUUUAAAAGUGCAAUGAAUUAUAGAUCCAAGUAAAAAUGAAAUGUUUUGUUGGCUGGAAUUAAAAUCUUACCUUCAAAAUGUC